GCGCGGGGCCGCGGGUCGGCGGCGCGGCGGGUGGAGGCGCGCGCCACCGCCCUAUGGCUCCAGGCGAGAGGACGCUGCAGCUUGUCUUGGCGCAGCGAAGGCGGCGCGAGUGGCGGCGGCGCUGGCGAGGGCAGUCGCUGGGCGGGCAAGCGUCAGCUCGCGACGAGCACGACGACCUCGGAGGCGGAGGCGGAGGAGGAGGAGGCGGAGGCGGAGGAGGAGGCGGAGGAGGCGGAGGAGGAGGCGGAGGAGGCGGGGGAGGCGGGGGAGGAGGCGGAGGAGGCGGUGGAGGAGGAGGCGGAGGCGGAGGCGGUGGCGGCGUGGGCGGCGGCGGCGUGGGCGGCGGCGGCGGAGGCAGUAGCGACGAGGAGGAUUUUCCGGAGACGCUCGACGAGGACUGGUGCGGGGUGGGCGAGCCGGGCGCGCCUUCAGCAGAGGGCAGCAGCUCCGGCGGUGCGUCUUUGCUGACGCGGCUCUCCGCGCAGCUGGCCGGCCUGUCUGCCAAGAACUCGGACCGGCUGCAGUUGCUGGCGCACCAGGGCAUCCAAUGGGUGGCGGAGAGACGACGAGGCACGCGGUGGGUCGAGAACACGAUGGCGCGCCGCUCCGAGGAGAGGUUCCUCGACGGGGUAGAGUGGCAGGCCCUCGGUCCGGACGGGUGGGCGCUACGCAGCUUCGUCGGCUCCGAGAGCGAGCUCAAGGCGCAGUUUCACGGCCUGGCGGCGUGCUUGCUGCGCGACUCCUCGGCCGCGCUCGCGACCGCAAAGGCGGCGGAGGUGGCGGCGGAGAUGCGCAAGGGCGCCGAGGCGGUGGCCAAGGGCGCCGAGGCGGUCGCAAAAGGGGCGGAGGCGGUCGUGAUCCGCGCAGAGGCGGUGGGGACUAGAGUGGGGAUGGACCUGCUGAAGACGGCCGAGAAGGCGUCCGAGCAGCUGAGCGCGACGCGCUCUGCGGCGCUGGCGUGGUCCUGGCGCGGGCUGUAGGCGGGCCCGCCACACGCCGACUCUGUUCUUGGCGGUGCCAGGGUGUUUUAUUUUCGGGAAAG